AGUUGGGAAGGAUUUGAAAUUUGUAAAUAGUCGUUUUUUCAUAUUUUUCAAAAAUCUAAUUCGAGAUAAGGUAACAAGCAAUAAAAUAAAAAUAUUAUUAAUCAGCGACAGUGUUAUUAGUGUACAUAUAGCUUGGUUUGUUGUUGUUCGUUGAAUAGUACAAUACUUAACCUAGUAUAAUAAAAAAGUGUUUAUUCAGCAUAAUUCUAAGAUAUGGCAGAAGAAAAUGAAACAAAGUCCGAUAAUUCAACUUCCACCGCAAAAACAAGUGAAUGCUUUCAAGCAAAUAAGCCGGAAAUAGAAAAUGAUUUGUUAGUAUCAAAUAAAACAAAUGAAGAUGAUAAAACUGACAAAAAAUACGAAACAAACAGCAAUUGCUAUUGUGGAAAAGAACGUAAUUUAAAUAUAGUGGAACUUCUUUGUGCAAACUGCAGUCGGUGGUUUCAUGAAUCUUGCAUUGGUUAUCAGCUUGGAAAGUUAGUGCCAUUUCUAGCAAAUUAUGUGUUUUUGUGUAAAAAUUGUUCACCAACAGGCCUAGAAAGCUUUAGGAAAAGCCAAGCACAAAUACCUCAAAUGUGUGUUACUGCACUAGCAAAUCUUCAACAACAGAGUGUUAAAGAAGGGACUAAUAGAACGCUAUUCAGUAAAGACAGAGAAAUAAUCCCAUACAUUGAGUAUCAUUGGGAAGCUCUAACAACAACUGCAAGGAGAGUAACUCAAUCAUGGCAUUCCACCGUGCAUAGAGCUCUUAUAAAGGACAUACACAUUCUUUUUGUUUUUGAAGAAAGUGGUCAGAUGGGUCAAAUGUAUGGUUUACUAUGUCAAGAUUUAACGCAAAUAAAGCCAAAUUAUGAGGCUAUGAUUAAAGGUGGAACAUUGAGGAUCACUGAUGUGGGAAUACAACAUGUGCCCUUGACCGGGGGAGUAAAAAGGGGCAAUGCAAAAAGGAAAUUUCCCGGCGAGGUUGGGGCAUUAGGUAAAAAAGGUAGACAAGUGGAUCUGAGCGUCCCAAAACUACCUGCCCAUGGAUACCCACUAGACCAUCCUUAUAACAAAGAUGGGUACAGGUAUCUUUUAGCCGAACCCGAUCCUCACGCACCUUUCAGACAAGAGUUUGAUGAGAGUUCAGAUUGGGCAGGAAAACCCAUCCCUGGUUGGUUAUACAGAACUUUAAUUCCCAGUACGGUCCUGCUCGCUUUGCACGACAGGGCACCUCAAUUAAAAAUUUCUGAAGAUCGUCUUGCAGUGACAGGGGAUAAAGGAUACUGCAUGGUCCGUGCAACUCAUUCUGUUAAUCGGGGCUGUUGGUACUGGGAGGCGACAGUUGAGGAAAUGCCCGAUGGUUCAGCCGUUAGAUUGGGGUGGGGACAGGACUAUGCGAAUUUACAAGCGCCUUUAGGCUACGAUAGAUACGGUUAUUCCUGGAGGUCGAAGAAAGGGACGAGGUUUCAUGAAUCAGCAGGGAAACAUUAUAGUCCUGGUUAUGGAGAAGGUGACACUUUGGGGUUUAUGAUCAUGCUUCCUGAAAAUAAUAAAACAAAACGAUUACCGAAUACAUACAAAGACAGGCCUUUGGUAAAAUUCAAAAGCCACCUGUAUUACGAGGAUAAAGACAAGGAGCUCGAAACUUUUAAAAAUCUCAGGAAAUUGCCAGGCAGUAAAAUACUUUUUUUUAAAAACGGUGAAUGUCAAGGUGUGGCGUUCGAAGAUAUUUAUGGCGGCAAUUACUACCCUUGCCUUUCCCUUCAUAAAACAGCCACUGUAUCAGUGAAUUUUGGUCCUAAUUUCAAGCAUUCAGCCUCUUCAGCUGGUUUAGACUAUCGUGGUAUGAAUGAAAGGGCUGAACAGGCGAUCUGCGAACAAACCCUUGCAGAUUUAAUAUAUUUGACCGACAAUGAAGGAAAACUAAGACUGGAUAAUUUCGUUAUGUGACAGUAAACUGUUUUUUUAUGUUGUUGUCACUUUAUGUUAAUUAACAUUUUGUCAAAUUGAUCGUCUGUUUAAUUACAUAAGUCAAUUCUCAUUUAAUUAUGUUUUACAAUUAAUAAAACCAAUCAUGUAUUUAUAAUAAAAAUGACAUG